AAAAAGCAUGAGUGCAAAGAGUGGAGAAGAAGUAAUAGCGCAAACCAAAGCAGACAACACCACGAUGAAGCCCACCGACAAGCGACGGGCGCACGACGACGAUGAUGAUGCUGCUGCUGCUGAUGGAACCGCGGAACAAUCCGAAGCCGGCACUACAGCGCGCGAGGAUGCUGCUGCCAUUCAUAUUUACGCCACGCUUGCAUUCAUAGUCGUAAUCAUCGUGAUCGGGGUCCCAAUGUGGUGGAAAACGACCGAAGUUUACCGCGUCUCCCUUCCGUAUUCAGAAAUACGUGCAUUAAACGAGGAACCUAUCAGGGCAACGUUUCGGUUAGGUUUAUACUGUCAAUCGGCAGAACGGCGCGAAAUUUUGGCAUUCGAGUUGCGCAAAAAAUUUGAACAAAAUUUUGUGUUCGAACUGGAUUUGGAGUUGCUGUCCAUCGAUGCAGACACGCUGGCCAGCAUUAAGACACCUGCUAGAUUGGAAGCGGAACUAUUGCAACGUUAUCCUACCUCGGUUGGACAGUUUCUGUUUAUUGAAUGGCACAAGCUGGACGAUGAUAUACUCGUCACUUCCGAACGGACCGCUUUUAUUUCGGAAAGUGCUUCAUCACUGAAGGCAUAUCAAGUGCUUUCGUCCUGGAUACUGCAGGAGUACAAGCUAAAGGCUAUCCUUGGUUCGAGAGAUGAGCAGCAGACUCUGAGGGGACGACAGUUACGUUUGAAUUCUGCUCCACUCCAAUCACAGUACGAGGUGCUCAUUACGGUGCUGAAUCCUCGACCCGAACUUCAAAAAGUGCACUGGAAUGCAAGAGCAGCAGCAGAAAAUUACAUCGAACCAUUCCUGAGCGAGCUUUCGGGCAUUACAAACUUUACCAUAAAAACGCAAUGGAUCUAUCAGGUUGGCAUUAUUGAGGGAGCCAAUGCACAGCCAAAGCAAGUGCCGGACGAUUCAAAACUAGGCCGCCACUAUGCACUGGCCGAGGACAGCUUGCCUCAUAUCAUUACCUCGCUGGAGAAAAAGCUUGGCACACAGAUCACCGACAAUCCUUGCAUUCAUUUGGUCGUGUACGUUCCACCGUGCGCACAAGCUCCACUUAAAAUCUACCGCAGAGAUGGGCAGCCUGCUACGUUCCCAGCCGGUGGGACUGUGGAAGCGUUCACAUCGGCCAAAUGGGGUGGUAUCGUGUUUGCUAAUCCGGCCGAAGCAACAUGUGUCCGUUACAUGGAAAGCGAACAGUUUAGUGAUGUGUACAUUCACGCACAGGACGUGAUGCCGGUGCUAUUGUACCAGUUGCGCAAAAUAUUUGAUCUGGAAAAUAAUACACCGUUGCUGGACACAACACUGGUACCGUACAGUACGAUUGAACCACGCGUCUGGGAGGUGGAUACAUUCGUUCGGACCAACACCAUCUAUCUGGUGCAUUCGGCCACUACGACGCUACAGUCCUUGAUUCAGCUGCUCGGUGGUAUAGAGUAUAUCGUUAUCAACGAUGAGGUAGGUGCGGCCAUCCAGAAUGCAUACCAAAAGAUAGUGGAAGCGAAACGGAAGCUCGCAGAGGGAAGUCUGCAACAGGCGGCCCUGCUUGCGCGCGAAGCUUACACAUCGGCGGAACGAGCAUUCUUCGAUCCGAGCAUGCUCGCUUUGCUGUACUUCCCGAACGAACAAAAGUACGCUAUCUAUAUACCGCUCUUUCUGCCUAUCAUGAUACCGGUGGUGUUUUCGUUUAAUACGAUUCUUAAGUAUUUCCGUGGCAAAAAGGGUUCGAGUAGCGUAAAAACGAAGCAAGAGUAA